AUGCUGGAGAUAGUGAGUAUCCGAACGUUGAUGAGCCUGGGGGUGUUUGACAAAAUCCCGCUCGACGGCUCCAUCUCUCUGGCCGAGCUAUCCCAAGCCACCGGCGUGCAAGACUCGCUGCUCGAACGCCAACUUCGCCUUCUCGUCGGCACGAAAUUCAUCGACCAGACGCCGACCGACGAGUACACACACACGAAGUUCUCGAGGGCGUAUAUCCAGGUCCCCGGGCCGGGGAACUUCUUCCAGUUCAUGAACGACGAAUGCCUGAGCACCCUCGUCCACUUGCACAGCUACGUGAAGGACCGCGCGCGCGAGGACCACAAACCCGUACAGGAACCCGACGACCCUCUGCACAACCCGUACACGCGCCGCCACGGCAUGGACGGCCACGCGGUGUGGGAAGUCAUGGCGCAGUUCCCCGACCGCCUGCGCGCCUUCCAACUGGGAUUCAUGUCCCAGGAAGACUCGGUGCCCAUUGUCGGCUUCUACGACUUCUCCGCGCUCUAUGACCCGGAGACGGACGGCGAUCGGCCCACCCUCGUCGACGUAGGUGGCGGGCAGGGCCAAUCCAUCAUUCAAAUUCUGAAGUCCUUUCCUACCCUGCAGCCCGACAGGAUGGUCCUGCAGGACCUGCCGGAGCCAAUCGCGCAGGGUAACGAAUCCAAGCUCCUGCCCGAGGGCGUGAAAGCCAUGGUCCACGACUUCUGGACCCCUCAGCCCGUCAGGGGCGCCAAGGCCUAUUUCCUCCGCCGCAUCAUCCACGACUACUCGGACGAGAACUGCGUCACGAUCCUCUCGCACCUGCGCGCCGCCAUGGCGCCGGACUCGAAGGUCCUGAUCGCCGACAUGGUCAUGCCCAAGCGCGUAUACGAGGCCGAUCUCCCCGCCGCGGCGAUGGACAAUUGCGUCAUGGUCAUGGGUGGGAAGGAGCGGACCGCCGACGGGAUGAAGAAGAUCCUGGAGGACGCCGGAUUACAGAUGCUCAAGAUCUGGCAGAGUCGAGAGGGCGGUGCGACGGGGAAUAUUGUCGAAGCCGUGUUGCCUUGA